GUGGGGUUUGGGUUCAAGUAAUGCGCUCAGGAGGUUGUGGAUUGCCGCAGACCCUCACAGCGGAGGCUGCUUCGGUGCUGAAGCACUCUCUGGGGUUGGCUCGCCGGAGAGGCCAUGCCCAGGUCACUCCUCUCCAUGUCGCCGCCACUCUUCUCACCCUCCGUUCAAGUUCUCUCAGAAGGGCUUGCCUCAAGUCUCAGUCUCACGGCCACCACCACACGAUGCCGUCUUCGUCCCAUCCUCUCCAUUGCAGAGCUCUGGAGCUAUGCUUCAAUGUCGCCCUCAACAGGCUCCCAACAUCAACCCCUCCUUCCUUCCUCCAUCCCCACCAACCCUCCCUUUCCAACGCUCUUGUCGCCGCCUUGAAACGAGCUCAGGCUCACCAUAGAAGAGGAUGCAUCGAGCAGCAGCAGCAGCCACUUUUGACCCCCAUUAAGGUUGAGCUUGAACAGCUCAUAAUAUCUAUACUUGAUGACCCUAGUGUUAGUAGGGUCAUGAGAGAGGCUGGCUUCUCUAGUACUGCUGUCAAGAACAAUCUUGAUGACUCUUCACCCUCCUCUGUCUUCCAGUGUUAUAAUAGCUCUGGUGGUGUUUACUCUUCUCCUUGUUCGCCUUCUCCAACCAGUGAAGUUCCUUACUCUUUUGACUGUAACAACCCUGUGCUGUUUUCUCCUCUCAAGAGAGCCCCACUAGUGUUCUCUUGUAAUUAUAAUGAAGAUGUAAAGCUGGUCCUGGAUAUCAUGCUCAGGAAGAAGAGGAAGAACACUGUGAUAGUUUGUGACUCUCUGAGUUUCACUGAAGGCCUUGUGGAAGAGCUGAUGGGAAGGUUCAAGAGAGGAGAGGUUCCUGAUGAGUUGAAGUCAACCCGGUUCAUCAAGUUUCAAUUCUCAUCUUCUUAUUUGAGCUUUCUGAAAAGAGAACAAGUUGAGAUGAGCCUCUUGGAACUGGAAAGGAAGGUGGAUUCUGUUGCAUCAUUGGGAGGAGGUGUUAUUGUAUAUAUUGGAGACCUGAAAUGGACAGUUGGGGAAGCAAAUCUGAGUGAAAAGGAAAAUGGGGUCUCUCCUGUGGAAUAUCUCAUUGCAGAAAUAGGUAAGUUAUUCAGUGACUACGGAAGCAGCUCAAAGGCUUUUAAUAAUAAUAAGGUUUGCUUAAUGGGCACAGCAAGUUAUCAGACAUACAUGAGGUGUCAAACGAGGCAACCAUCUCUUGAAACCCAGUGGGCACUGCAAGCUGUUCCUGUUCCAUCAUCAAAUGGACUAGGCCUGAGUCUCCAUGCUUCCAGUGUCCUUGAUUCGAAGCCCUUCUUCAAUGACAAGGAGGAGCAAGAUAAGCUUGCUUGCUGUGCAGAAUGUUCUUCCAGUUACGAGAAAGAAGCUCAGAUGUUCAAACCAGGCCAGAAGAAUCUGUUGCCUUCCUGGCUUCAAUCUCAUAACACCGAAGCUCAUCACAAGGAUGAACUAGCCCAGUUAAGAAGAAAAUGGAAUAGACUAUGCCACUGUCUUCACCAAAGCAAGCAUUUUCAGAACCAGUGGGGCAACACUUUGUACAGCAAUUACAGUUCAAAUGCGAAGAUCUACCCUUAUAGUUCAUCAUACCCAUGGUGGCCAAACCAAGGAAGUAAUAGUAUCACGACAGAUUCAAGUUCCAUAUGCUUCGCAGAUCCCACUGUGAAACCCAGUUAUAGUAGCUCCAACCUUGUACCUCGGUUUCGGAGGCAACAAUCUUGCACCAUUGAGUUCAAUUUCGGCAAUGAAAAUCAGAAACACAAGGCAACUGAACCGAGCUUGGAUUCUCUCAAGGGUAUGGAAGGUAAAGAAGUAAAGAUUACUCUUGCUCUUGGAAAUUCCUCAUUCGGUGAUUCGGGGCAAACGGUGGAAAAUAUAUCUGAUCAUACAACACUACUGCGUCAAGCUCAUAUUUGUAAACUGUUGCAGGAGAAUGUGCCUUGGCAAUCUGAAACACUAGUUUCUUCAAUAGCAGAGGCCUUCUUCCUUGAUUCAAAAUCAGCAAAGCAAAAUAGUUGUUGUUGGUUGUAUCUGCAGGGUAAUGACUCUACUGGGAAAAGAAGAUUGGCACGAGCCAUUGCAGAAUCACUUUUUGGCUCAGCUCAUCUUCUAUUCAGCUUGGACAUGAAAAAGAAAGAGAUUUUAUCAUCCCCUUGCUCUGAAAUGCUGAGCAGAGCAUUGAAAACCCAUGAACAGGUUGUGGUAUUAAUAGAAAACGCUGAUUUUGCAGAUCCCCGGUUCAGAAAAUUCCUUGCGGAUGGAUUUGAAACAGGAAAAUUCGGAGAUUUCAGCACAAAGGAGAAGCCAGGAGAGACAAUAUUCAUAUUGACGAACAAUGGCUCCACAGCAGAGCAGAAUCAGGAUGACUCUGUGAUCAGCUUGGUGUUGAGAGUCAUCAGUGAAACCCAACCUGGUUUAGACCACAAACGCAAGGCUGAAUGGGAUUUGCUUACCAAGUUCAAAAGACCCCGAACUGAAGACAAGGAAGAGAUGGUCUUGGUGUCAGAACAAAAGAACUGUAAGAAAGACUUUUCAAGACAAUCAAGCUUCAACACACUUGAUCUGAACAUAAGAGCUGAAGAAGACGAUGAUGAUGAUGGGGAAGACAAAGCAGGGGGAAUCAGUCCCAUCUCAAGCAAUCUGAGACGAGAAACAAAUGUACUGCUUGACUCAAUAGAGAAUCGCUUUGUGUUCAAUCAAAAUCUAGGCGCGGACAAGAGGGAAAUAGAAGCUCUCUUUUCAUCGAAGAUCAAAAGGUAUUUUGAGGAGGUUUGGGGGAAGCAGUGGCUGGAGAAGUUUAGUGUAGAAGAGAGGGUGAUAGAAGAAAUGAGAGUUGGUUGUGGUUCUUUUACUAACAGCUUGUUCGAGAAAUGGCUGAAAGACAUUUUUCAAUCAAGCUUAAAAGAGAUUAACUUGAGAGGGAAAGAGGAGGGUAUACUUUUUAAACUUUGUUGGGGUGGUAAAGGAGAUAGGAUUUUGAAUAGUGGAUUCAUGAGUUCAAGUCUGCCCAGAAAUAUCCAGGUUAGUUACUCCUAGGAUUGACUGGCCCUGGGUUGUGAGGUUUCCUGUAAAAUUAAGCACCACAAGUUGUAAACUGGGAAGUAUUAUAGCUUAGCUUUCUGUAACUGAUAAUUUUCAUAAUAGCAUGUGUUUAUUUUCCUUC